AUGCCGCAGCCACCGCCGCCGCUCGCGUCGCCGCUCUGGCGCUCGCUGCGAUCGUAUCAAAUCUUCGGUGCCAAUACCGAGGUGGGGAAGACGGUGUUUUCGACGCUGCUAUGCAAGGCUGCUGCGAGACGGAGCCCUGGCGGCGUAGCGUUUCUGAAGCCGGUUUCAACGGGGCCAGAUAGCGAGGCUGAUGAUCGUCAUAUCCUAAAGUUCGCCCCGGAGGUUUCCAACAAGACGUUGUUUCAGUAUAAAAUCCCAGUCAGCCCACACAUUGCAGCUCGGCUCUCCAAUACUACAAUCCCUUCAAAUGAUGCUCUUCUAUUCCAAUGCCGAGACUACGCAGCUCAAUGCGCCAACAUUGGCAGGAAAUGGCUCUUUGUUGAAACUGCCGGCGGUGUUCACUCGCCCGGCCCCUCGGGAACAACUCAGGCGGAUCUAUACGCACCCCUUCGAUUGCCAGUUGUUCUUGUAGGUGAUUCCCGGCUUGGAGGAAUCUCUCAGACGAUAUCGGCCUUUGAGUCGCUUCGCAUGAGAGGCUAUGAUGUCGAAUCGAUAUUGCUGUUCAAGGAGGGCAAGUAUCAGAACUUUGAGUAUCUAUCAGAAUACUUUGCGGAGCAUCACAAUGUACCCGUUGCGGGCGUGGCUGAGCCACCCGAAAGGAAAUCAAGCCUCGAAGAGGAUGUCCGGGCAAUGUCGCAGUAUUAUGAGGAACAGUCCCAGGAUGGAAACACGACUAAUGUCAUUUCCCACCUGGAUAGCCGUCAUGAGCAGCGUAUUGCAUCCCUCAACUCCAUGGCGUCUGAAGCUCUGCAGAACAUAUGGUAUCCCUUUACGCAGCAGAGCCUUCUCACUCCAAAGGACAUUAACGUCAUAGAUUCAGCUCACGGCGAUUACUUCCAGACGGUGGCCCCUGCUUCUCCAACGUCACAAAAUGACAGUCUUCUGCGAGCCUCGUUCGACGGCUCUGCCUCCUGGUGGACUCAAGGUCUCGGCCAUGCCAAUCCCAAGCUCACUCUUGCUGCUGCUUACGCCGCUGGUCGCUACGGCCACGUCAUGUUUGCUAGCGGUAUCCAUCGUCCUGCUGCAGAGCUAUCCUCAACACUGCUCAAGGGGAUCGAAAACCCGCGACUUACCCGCGUCUUCUUCUCCGACAACGGUAGCACCGGUAUCGAAGUCGCCCUCAAGAUGGGUCUCCGAGCAGCAAAGCUGCGGUAUGGAUGGGCUGCGGAUGAGAAGUUGGGAGUUGUUGGCCUCAAGGGCUCGUAUCACGGCGACACCAUCGGCGCCAUGGACUGUUCGGAGCCGAGUGGAUAUAACGAAAAGGUCGAGUGGUAUGAUGGCAAAGGGCACUGGUUUGAUUAUCCCACUGUUUUGUGCAUUGACGGCAAGUGGCGUGUGAAUGUGCCCGAAGAGCUAAGGCAGGCUUUGGGCGAAGAUGCAGACUUUGGUUCGCUGUCGGAAAUCUUUGAUGUUGGUGGUAGGGAACAGAAGGGUCACCAUCUCCGAUACGAAGCCUUUAUUCGAGAGACGCUGGAGAGGCUUCAUAAGCAGGGCCGUCGGUUCGGUUCUGUCAUUAUCGAGCCGGUUGUUCUCGGUGCUGGAGGAAUGGCCUUGGUAGAUCCUCUCUUCCAGCGCGCCCUUGUCAACGUUGUUCGCAAAUCCCCAGACCUCUUCCGCAAGCCAAAUGCCCCCAUCGAAGAGUCUCCCAGCAGUCCCACCGCAUGGACUGGUCUUCCAAUCAUCUUCGACGAGGUCUUCACUGGUCUCUAUCGUCUUGGCCGCUUCACAUCGUCUUCUUUCCUCGAAACGCAUCCCGACAUCUCCGUCCACGCAAAGCUUCUCACUGGAGGUCUGGUUCCUCUCUGCACGACGCUUGCUUCGGAGAAUAUUUUCCAGACAUUCAGUUCCCAGGAUAAGACUGAUGCUCUGCUCCAUGGGCACAGCUACACGGCUCAUCCCGUAGGCUGCCAGGUCGCCGUGGAGUCAGUCAAGGAGCUGCAAAGGAUGGACCACAGCGGGUCCUGGAACUGGGCCAAGUCACAAGGCUGGACAAGCCCUGAAGCUUCUCCCGCAAGUGACCAAUCUGCAGUUGACAUUUGGUCAACCUGGCCGCGAACUCUAGUAGAGGAUCUUUCUCGUCAGACGGAGCGUGUGGCGGGAAUCUGGGCUCUUGGAAGCGUUCUCGCCAUCCACGUAAAGGACGCAUCAGGGGGCACAGGAUACUUUAGCGAUGCAGCGCAGAGUCUUCGAGAUGGUCUCAUUGCGGGCGAUCCGGAGAGUGUCAAUGGCUCUUGGAACGUGCAUUGCAGAGUUCUCGGAAAUGUGCUGUAUCUGAUGGCGGGCCAGAAGACGACAGAGGAGAGCGUCGCGCAGAUUAGCUUGUUGCUGCGAAAAGGAUUGAAUGCGUAA